AUGAAGGCGGCGGCGGACUCGGCACUGGCGUUGACGGCGCGCGGCCAGACGCGGUGGCGAGCGUGCGGGAGGCAGCUCCCCCAGAACGACAGGCUCACCAUCACGGUCCCCGGCGUCGCGCUCGCGCUCGCCACCGUGUCGUACCUCUGGGCCACGCCCGGCGUUGCGUCGGGGUUCUUCGACAUGUUCGUCCUCGCCUUCGCCGAGCGUGACGUUGAUGUGGCCACCAUGUGCUGA